CCCACCCUUUUGAACUUGUAUGACACACACUAUCUCGCUCUUCAACAAGCUUUGCGACCCAUCACAAAGGCAUUCAUGCUUGCUCUAUUACCUGGAUUGGAAGAGGAAAAUGGAGAAUUCUUUGACCAGUCGUUCUUCUUACAGAACCUAUGGCUUGCUAUGCUCACUACGCAAUCUGCGCGUGCACCGGCCCUCAAUUACUUGGCAAGACGAUUGCCAAAAUUAUCGGGUGACGAAGCAAUAAUAGGCGGAGACGUGGGUUUAAUGAUUCGCGCUUUCUCAGCAACCCUCGAAGAUGACAAUUUACUUGUACGCCGGGCCACCCUCGAUCUCCUCUUGCAAUCUCUUCGUCUAGAUGGACCCGUUAUGCACAAGUCGCAGAAGGAUGAUAGAGUUAUCUUGAUGGCGGCAGCCACCAGCGUUGUUCUCAGGAGAGAUUCGGCUCUCAAUCGACGGCUGUAUACAUGGCUACUAGGAACUGAGGAGAGCAGUGACGCACAAAUUGCUUAUCUUCGUAAGAAUGGGCUAGAUUUACUUUGUAUGACGCUUAAGAGAGAAAUGGAUAGCCCGACAUUGGCACCAGAUGCGAAGCCACUCAAGAUCUUCCUUUCGCUAUUGGAUAAGUGGGAGAUUGGCUCGCAGCUAACUGAUGCAUUAAUCCUCUAUACACUGGCCUUUAUCAUGAAGACACUCCAGAACAUUGAAGGGGACUCUGAGGAUAUCCACCUUGCUGCGAGUUCCCUCUAUGAAGCAGCUGAGCCAAAAGUAGUCUGGAAGCAUUUAUUCUCUGCUAUACAGGACGAAAUCUCAGGAAAAUCGGAAAUAAUGGUGUAUCAGGUAAGUUUGCUCAAGUACAGAGACCAACUCUGGCCAAUGCCCUUGCAGCCAAUCAAGCUCGUGCGAUUCCUCGUGACCACGUUCAAGAAUGAUGAAGAAAUGCAAAAAAUACACCUCCCGAUUUGCUUGUCUGGACUUUUAGAGUUUGUUGCCGUCAUGAUAUCCGAAAAUCCUUCUAUAAUUCAAAAAUCAGCCAGUUUAGAGUUUAUCCUGCUACUUCAGGACAUGUUGGUUCAUACCGCUCCUUCUGCCCUCCUUCAUCCACUUGGAGAACCGGGAUCACAGCCUCAGCGUCCUUAUGAACUAGCUACUUCAUUUUACGGUAUCACAUCUGCAUCGAACACUGGUGAUGCGAAAGUUUCAACAAACCAUACUGCACUAUCCCGGGCCACAAAGCUGCUGGAUGAUCUAUUAGACAAGACUACCACCAAACAAAAGAUCCAAUUUUCUGUUGAAUGGGAUACAAAAAAAUGGCGAGAUAGGAUGCUCGAGUGCCUGGAGCAGGUGGGUACUAGUUGUCACGAGCACUUUGCAAAGUUUCUCACCCAGGCCUCUGUAAAGAUAUCCUCUUUCGAGAUUGUAGACAACGUUGUGUCCGUCUUGAUUACUCUCAGUAAAGCAGCCGUCAUCGAACCCAAACUUAACCUUGACAAUCGGCCAGUAUUGUCAAGGAUAAUGGGCGUGGCCUGA